AUUGAAAGGCGUGUAAGUGCUCUACAUUAGCUGGUAUUCUUCUCUCCAAGUACACUUCAAGUUGCUCGGCCAUAUGCACCGAAUAAUUUUAUGACAUGAUAUCUCGGCUCCGAUACGACGACUCACAUUGGCUUGCCUGUGGGAUCUAAAAUGAUGCAUGAGUAACACAAUGCAAAUUCGAGUAUAAGAGGAAGAGAAAUCGCCAUGGUCAAAGGCAUCGCUCAAUACAAUCAAGCUCAUUCCCAUCUUCCUCAGCAACAGCAUCAGAAUCAAUCAAAAUGGGUCGCUUCGAUCUCGAAUAUCCCAAAGAGGCCAUCAACACCGUCAAACGCGAAAACGACCGCGGUGUUUAUGCCCUAAAGACCAUUCACCACAUCAUCAACACUUGCCAGAUCCUCCAUGUCUCUUUCAACACACCCGUCCAACCCUUCCCCGUCAUCCUCCCCAUGAUCGGUCAGAUGGGCUCAUUUGACCGGCCCAGCGCAGAUAUCGGUGACCCUCUGGACCUCUAUCUUCACGGAUAUGUGUCAAGCCGCAUCAUGAACUUGGGUCGUAGCGCUAGUGACGAGAAAGGCAUGCCCGUCUGUGUGGCUGCAUCCCAUGUCGACGGCCUUGUUUUGGCUUUGUCUACCUUCCACCAUAGCUACAACUAUCGCUCAACUGUACUCUUCGGCCACGCCGCCCUCGUAGAGGACGACGAGGAGAGGCUGUAUGCCAUGGAGCUCAUCACCAAUAGUGUGGUGCCGGAUCGUUGGCGACACACCCGUCUCCCGCCGACCAAAGCUGAGCUCCAAAGCACUGGCAUACUCAAGGUCAAGAUCACUUCGGGAAGUGCCAAAAUCAACAACGGUGGUCCCAGUGACGACAAGAAGGACAUGGAAGACGAGUCAAUCAAGGACCAAGUCUGGACGGGUGUCUUACCUAUUCACGCAACCAUGGGUGAACCAGUGGCUGGUCCUUACAACAGGGUUGAUGUGCCAGAUCACAUUGCCGAAUUCUCCAAGGAUUUCAACGAGGACAACCAACAGUAUGCCUUUAAUGCUGCAAAGGACCCCAAAAAGUAGUUCUGACAUAGAGUUGACAAUUCAAAU